GGCUCUGCUGCCGAUAUACUAAAUGUCACUUCUCCACCUAUGUCAGAGGGCAGUCAUAUCAGGACGAAGAGAGAAGUUCACGAACAGAACUCAAUUAUAGAAAGCCAAAAUUGCUUAGGUUUUAUUGCUGUACUUGUUGCUUGCUGUAUGUCUGGUUUUGCUGGGAUCUACUUUGAAAAGAUUCUAAAAGGAUCGAGUGUUUCCAUAUGGAUUCGAAAUAUCCAAUUGGCUCUUCCCUCAAUAUUCUUUGCCUUAUUAUUUGCCUUUGUAAGUAUACCGCUCUUCUUCUUCCGGAAGUUCUCUGCUUUUACCCAAAUCGGUUUAGACAAUAAUGAGAUCUUUGCUGAUGGUGCUGCUCCUUCUGCUGUUUGGAAUCGAAUGCUACAUGGAUUUGAUUGGGCUGUAUGGGUUACCAUAGGAAUUUCCGCAUUUGGUGGUCUUGUGGUGGCCGUUGUGAUCAAGUUUGCAGAUAAUAUUUUAAAGGCCUUUGCUACCUCAUUUGCCAUUGUCCUAAACUGUAUUCUUGCCUAUUUCCUAUUCAAUUUCCGACCAACGAUGUUUUUCGUUGUGGGAGCAUGUUUUGUCAUUGGAGCAGUGUUCGUUUACAGCAUAUAUCCAUACCGAUGCCGUAUUUGUUUAUUUUUGCUUGCUGCUAAACAACAAGGAGAAAGAGCCAAGCGAGAACAAGCCAAUAUGUGGUUUGUGGAGCAAUUUGAGUGUUAG